AUGACUGAAAAGGUUACUAUUGCACACAUCCAACACAACUUUGUUGAUGUAAUUGAGGACACGAGAGACUCAUCCCCAACCGAAAACACUUUCUUUAUUAAUGUCAACAGUUCCCCUAAUGAGAUAACAGAACAUGUAAUCACGGUGAACUCAUCAGAACCCUUUUUCAGUUGUUCAUUAGAUGAUCAAUUUAAAAAAUUAGAAGCAAAUAAAUUUGAAGCUAAAUUAAAUGGGGAAAACUUUAAAUUCAAUACAAGCGUCAAGGACUGGACCACUGCCAGCUCUAAUACUAGUUGGACUGCCGUUGAUGUUAUUCAAAAACCUCAGACGAGGUAUCUGUUAGGUGAUUCUGUAGGAAAUAUCAAAGUGUUUAAUGAGAAUUAUGAUCUUGAGAGAGAAUUUGAAAAUAUUCAUUCUAGUGACAUCACGUCGGCAAAAUUUUUCCCAAGCUCUGAAGUAAUCUUAUCCGCAUCUUCUGAUAUGCAGCUAAAAAUAUUAUCCAUCGAAGACGGUUCAAAUCCAAGAACUCUAAUAGGACAUACGUCUUCGGUUACAGGAUCAGUUAUAGUAGGUCGAGGAAGAAAUGUGAUAUCCUCAUCGAAGGAUGGUACGAUACGUCUUUGGGAAUGUGGAUCUGGAAGUAACAUUCAUACAUUUACUAGAAGGGAAAACCCAUCAGAUGGUGUCAAUUCGAUAAGUCUCAGAUCCGAAUCAGGUUCCAAUUGUGUGAUAGAAUCUGACAAUAAAAAUUUAGAGUAUGAAACAAGUGGGAAGACAAUAUUUGGUGGACAUACAUCAGGUGUCAUAACAGUUUUCGAUAUAUUUUCUAAACAACAAUUAUUACAACUACCAAGUGAGUUUAUGUCAUCAUGUACUUCAAUAUGUACAGACCCGAAGGAGUACAACCACGUUGUAGCCGGCUAUGAAAAUGGAACAAUUGCCAUAUGGGAUAUUAGGUACCCAAAUAGUUGCAUCUCUAAGGCUAUCAUUAAAGAUAGAACGCCUAUUAAUACUUUAUUAUACGAAAAUGACAUGAUUCUAACCUCUACAGGUUGUGACACAAGUUUAUCGAUGGAUGUUGCACCUGAUUCAAAGAAAAUUGAUACUAAUAAUCCAACUUUCUUUGUAUCCAAUGAUACAGAUGUUUCAAGCUUUGCUUCUUUUACAAACAAAAAGGGUAUUCAUAACCUAAUUGCUGUUGGUAGGUUUGGGUUUUGUGCAGGAUACCAACUUUAG